GUAUUGUGUCAGGAGAUGCAGCCUGGCUACCAUGUGACGCGGUCCAGAGUUGAAGGGAUUGGCCAAGGCAGCGCAGGCGGUGCAGCUCGGCCGGCUUGCUCUUCCUCUGCCUUUCUCUCUCAGCAUCUUCCUGGGAGCCUGUAAGUGAAGCAGCACCAGCAGCAUCCAUGGCCUGUCUUUGGGGUUAACACUUGUCUCCUUUGGCUUUGGCAGCUGGCAGAGCAGACCUCGGAAGCACCGCUGUGAGGACUUAACUGGGAACUGGAAUCAUAUCCUCUUGUGUUUUUUCAGACUCCUUGGAAAUUAAGGAAUGCAAUUCUGCCACCAUGAUGGAAGGAUUGAAAAAACGUACAAGGAAGGCCUUUGGAAUACGGAAGAAAGAAAAGGACACUGAUUCUACAGGUUCACCAGACAGAGACGGAAUUCAGCCCAGCCCACAUGAACCACCCUACAAUAACAAAGCAGAGUGUGCGCGUGAAGGAGGAAAAAAAGUUUCGAAGAAAAGCAAUGGGGCACCAAAUGGAUUUUAUGCAGAAAUUGAUUGGGAAAGAUACAACUCACCUGAGCUGGAUGAAGAAGGAUACAGCAUCAGACCCGAAGAACCUGGCUCUACCAAAGGAAAGCACUUUUAUUCUUCGAGUGAAUCUGAAGAGGAAGAAGAAUCCCACAAGAAAUUUAAUAUCAAGAUUAAGCCAUUGCAAUCUAAAGACAUUCUUAAGAAUGCUGCAACUGUAGAUGAGCUGAAGGCAUCAAUAGGCAACAUUGCACUCUCCCCAUCACCAGUGAGGAAAAGUCCGAGGCGCAGCCCGGGUGCAAUUAAAAGGAACUUAUCCAGUGAAGAAGUGGCAAGACCCAGGCGUUCCACACCAACUCCAGAGCUUGUAAGCAAAAAGGCUCCAGAUGACACUAUGGCCCUUGCUCCCCUCUUUGGCCCACCAUUAGAAUCAGCUUUUGAUGAACAAAAGACAGAAGUUCUUAUAGAUCAGCCUGAGAUAUGGGGUUCAGGCCAAUCAAUUAACCCAAGUGUCGAGUCGCCAAAGUUAACAAGACCUUUUCCCACUGGAACACCUCCACCACUGCCUCCUAAAAAUGUACCAGCCACCCCACCCCGAACAGGCUCCCCCUUAACUGUUGGACCAGGAAGUGACCAGUCAGCCACAGAGGUCAAAAUUGAAAAACUACCUUCAAUCAAUGAUUUGGACAGCAUUUUUGGGCCAGUAUUGUCCCCCAAGUCUGUUACUGUUAAUACUGAAGAAAAGUGGGUCCAUUUUUCCGAUACGUCCCCGGAACAUGUUACUCCAGAGUUGACUCCAAGGGAAAAGGUGAUGUCCCUACCAGCGGCAUCAGACAACCCAGCUGAGUCCCCAGCUCCAGGCCCUCCUGGCCCCCCGGCCCUCCCAGGGCCUUCAGGCCCUGCUGGUCCUCCCGGUCCUCCGGGUCCUCCUCGCAAUAUACCAUCGCCACUCAAUUUAGAAGAAGCCCAGAAGAAAGUUGCUGAGCAGACCUUCAUUAAGGAUGAUUACUUAGAAACAAUGUCAUCUCCUAAAGAUUUUGGGUUGGGACAGAGAGCAACUCCGCCUCCCCCACCACCACCCACCUACAGGACUGUGGUUUCAUCCCCUGGACCUGGCUCCGGCAGUGGUACGGGGACUGCCAGUGGUGCAUCCUCCCCUGCUCGACCAGCAACUCCCUUGCCUCCUUGCAGCAGUACCACCCCACCUCCACCUCCUCCCCGGCCUCCAUCUCGGCCAAAACUACCUCCAGGAAAGCCUGGAGUCGGAGAUGUGUCCAGACCUUUUAGCCCUCCCAUACACUCUUCUAGCCCUCCUCCGAUAGCACCCCUAGCCCGGGCUGAAAGCACUUCUUCAAUAUCGUCCACCAAUUCCUUGAGUGCAGCUACCACUCCCACAGUUGAGAAUGAACAGCCUUCCCUCGUUUGGUUUGACAGAGGAAAGUUUUAUUUGACUUUUGAAGGUUCUUCCAGGGGACCCAGCCCCUUAACCAUGGGAGCCCAGGACACCCUCCCUGUUGCAGCAGCAUUUACAGAAACCGUCAAUGCCUACUUCAAAGGAGCAGAUCCAAGCAAAUGCAUUGUCAAGAUCACUGGAGAAAUGGUGUUGUCCUUUCCUGCUGGCAUCACCAGACACUUUGCCAACAACCCAUCCCCAGCUGCACUGACUUUUCGGGUGGUGAAUUUCAGCAGGUUAGAACAUGUCCUGCCAAAUCCCCAACUUCUCUGCUGUGAUAAUACCCAAAAUGAUGCCAAUACCAAGGAAUUCUGGGUAAACAUGCCAAAUUUGAUGACUCACCUAAAGAAAGUGUCUGAACAGAAACCCCAGGCUACGUAUUAUAAUGUGGACAUGCUCAAAUAUCAGGUGUCUGCCCAGGGUAUUCAGUCCACGCCUUUGAACCUGGCAGUGAAUUGGCGCUGUGAGCCUGCAAGCACAGACCUGCGCAUAGAUUACAAAUACAAUACAGAUGCAAUGACAACCGCUGUGGCCCUCAACAACGUGCAGUUUCUGGUCCCCAUAGAUGGAGGAGUAACCAAGCUCCAGGCUGUACUCCCACCAGCAGUCUGGAAUGCUGAACAACAAAGAAUAUUGUGGAAGAUUCCUGAUAUCUCGCAGAAGUCAGAAAAUGGAGGGGUAGGUUCUUUAUUGGCAAGAUUCCAGUUAUCUGAUGGUCCAAGCAAACCUUCCCCAUUGGUUGUGCAGUUCACAAGUGAAGGAAGCACCCUUUCUGGUUGUGACAUUGAGCUUGUUGGAGCAGGGUAUCGAUUUUCACUCAUCAAGAAAAGGUUUGCUGCAGGAAAAUACUUGGCGGAUAACUAAUAAAAUCUUAUGCAAGGAUGUGGAGGACAUAUAAUGGAGGACUGUUGUAUGAGAACCAGGUUUGAAUUUCGGUUUGGUGAAAACAAACCAAAAUCUGCACUUGGGAUAUAUCUGCUGGAAAUGUUGGAGACUUUCAGCAAUGAUUUCCCUCACACAAUACCAUGAUGACCAGUCGUACAGUAUUUACUUCUAGGUGUAAUAUUGUUAAUGGUUUUAAAAUGUAAUUAUUGUAUUUGUAAAUUGUACUCAUUCCAGUAAGGCAGUUAGACACUUGAGUUUUAAGCAUUUUACCAUUCCUGAAAUGGAUGUAAUUUAAACUGUGGUAUGUAAAUUUAAUAGUAGUACUGUUGAAUGGCACAAUGCUUACAGAGGUAGAUUGCAUUUUGUCAAUAUAUAAAAUUUAAAUACAGUAUUGAUAGCUGUCAUACAGGGGGUGCCACAUACAAAGAAAAUUAAGUGGAACCAGAAAAAAAAAAAAAACUUUUAUUCAGUCCUUAGUAUGUCUUACUCUAGUGCUAAAUAAAAAUUCUAUCUUUAAAUGUUUAGUGGGUUUAAAUUCAGAAACUAUUUCAGAAAAAAACAUUCUAAGAUUACAGCAUAUUCAAAGAAAAGCAUUACCACUUUUUAAAAAGCUUUUUUUUCAAACUGCAAAUUUCAUAAAAAUGCGAACUGUGUAAACAGGGCCUCUUAUUUUUAUAACUUGUGUAAAAAGGGAAAGCAAUUCAUAUUUAAAGUUUAAGUAUAAUCCAGAGAAAAGAAGAUGCUGAAGUCUUAACUACUUCUCCCCCUCUCUGCAGUUUAGCAAAUGUGGGGAUUACUGAAUAAUCAGACUAAAACCAAAACUGAGAUUUUACGAUUUCAAGACUUUCCAUGGUCAAACUGGUUAAAAACUUCUGCACAAUCACUCUGAAUAAAUGCCCUCUCCCAACCAACACGGAGGAAUGAUACCUCAUGUCUCCCUCUUUUUCCACAGGCAUCAAAACAUUGAGACUAAGAGUCUUAAGAGAAAAAUUUAGCCCCUUGUUCAGAUACAGAAGGAGAAUUUUGAUUGUCAUCAUUUAUAUCAUUUGGGAAGGAAAACAAUAAGCUUUAUCAAUUAAUUCUAGCCACAUGUAUUGUGCAAUAAACUUCCUAUUGAAUGAACAAAAUAUUCUUUGUUAAGAUUCAUUGUCUAAAACUGUAAAUCUUUGCCAUUGUUGGGAAUCAAGAAGCGCAUUCUCAAAACCUUAUGUCGUGAUUUCACUGUUGCAAGGCAUGAUAAAGCCGGUAACCGCUCUGUCCAGCCCUACAAUAUGGAAGUUCAGGGAGGAGAGUGCUUCUCCAGUGUUCCAGCUGUGAAACCUUCCUCUGUUAAGAUUUGAAAAUAUUAGUCUUCCUUUAAUUAUAGAACUUAUUUUAAACGUAAACCAAUUCCUAUUUUAGGUUAUACUCUUAAAUACCUGUAAUACUUAAGUUGUUAUAUUUAUCAUCAGUUGCUAAAUUUUAUUUUAUAUGUGUUCAUAUUUGACAAAGAAACUUUUAGCUCUUUAAAUUUUAGAAUCAAAUUAAAUUUUAUAAGUCUUAUGAAAUAAAUUGUGACCAGCAUUAGUUUAUAGUAGAACUUUUUAAAUUAAUAUUUGUGCUCCAGAAUGAGUGCUUUGUAUCACGAGAAUGUUCCAAUGAUCUGUUUUACCUUGAAAGAAUUCUUGCUAUUCCAGCAAACUCUCAAUUGGCACCCCAAAGCAGUAUGGGUUGAAGUUUUUUGAACAAACUAAUUAAUAUACUCAUUUUUAGUAAAGAUAUGCAAUUUGAUUUUGAAGCCAGAACUGAAGAUGCCAACUUUUAAAUUCUCCUGAAACGUGGGGAAAUUUAGCACACUGAAACCAAACAAAAGUAAGGUGCAGAAAAUUGAGAAUUAUCCAUCAUAUGAACAUAAAAAUGUGUUUUUAAAUAUCGGUUCAUGAGCAACUUAUUGAAUAUUAAUACAAACCAUAUUAAAAUAUGUAAAUAUUA